AAGGACAAAAAGAGAAAAAGCUCCCUUUUUUUGAGGAGCCGUAUCACUAAAAUCUGGGUGAAGGGGGAUAUUUCACUUGAUGAUUAGAAUAUUGAUGCACGUCGGCCCCCCUUUUUUUUCCUCUGGUGUUCAAUCAUGGAAUAGAUGUAGUUAUUGACUACUUAUAACCUACAAUUAGGCACACUCAACAGACAAAAGAUUCUUGUAAAAUAAUUUACUAGAUAUCACUUGCAAGAUUAAGGCAACAAACUAAAAUUAUUGCAAGACACUUUUGUCGACAUCACUUGUAAGAAUACUGCAAAAACCAGUUUAAGAUGGUUAGUUGUCUAUGAAGCCUUUUUGUCUAUUGCUGUUGUAAACAUGUGAGUGCAGGGUAUGCCAGCUGCAACUUGAUCUGCUCUGACCUAGUAUUUGUUCCAGCGCGUAGUGAUAAGUGGUAAAGCUACAAGAUAUGUUGUUAGCAGUUGGACGAGGAGUUUGUAACUCUCCUCGCGAGUUUGUAAUUUUCGCUGCACAAGGAGUUAAGGCUGUCGUUGCGCUGGAAAUUCUUAAUCCAUGGCACCUUCAAUACGCUUUUGACGAGACAAGGAUGUCGGGGUUCCCGUAUCCAUGUGGUUCACCUCAGCGCUAAUGCCGCUAAACUGCAGUAAACAAUGACACUUGAGAACGCCAAAUGACUGCCUCCACUUACCCAUGCCUUCCGCCUUGGGCCAGAUAAAAAGCUUUCCUCCUUACUGUUUGACAUAAAUAGGUGAAAUGAGGAAAAAGCUGGUGGGGUUACCUUAAAAUUAUCGUGGUAAAAAGGUAAAAGCAACUCCAAGGACACAGCUUUAGAUUUUCAUAGGCAUUAUAGAUUGAAUGUGUACAACCUGUAGUACCGCUGGGCGUUGGUCACAAAUGAGAAGUUGAGGGGCAAAAGAGUCUCAUAAAUAAAUAAAUAAAAUAAAUGAUGGAAAAGGAGAAUAUAACAGGCUGUCAAUGAAUGUGAAGGGAAAACGUAGGAAUGUGCGGGUGACGGUGGUGAGUGAUGACCAUUACUUGUCACCACUCACCUUGUUUAUUACUCCUAAAAAUAAAAUGCUGAGUAGUUUUUAGUUGGGGGGUUUCAUAUCAUUUCUCUCCGUAAGGAAAGCCCCAUUUGACCUACAUUAAUUUCCCUCUUCAUCACCACCGAAUCCCAUUAAACAUAAACCAUGAGCUCUCUUCUUCAAAGUUUUCAGAGCAAGGAAGCUCUGCCAAUGUCGCAACCUGCAGAAGAAACAGCAGCAGGAGGACUUGGCGUCCGCAAAAGAUUGUCUUCUCUCUCCCUAAGGAUGAACAUGCGCGCGAGGUCUGCUUGUCAACAACCCAUCCUCUCAUUCUACUCCACCUCUAACACCUCUUCCUCCUCAUGGGCAUUUCGCCGAUCCAAAUCCUUGUCCUCUUUAUCAGCCGGAAUGGGAGAAUACGCUGGCAGCUCGAUAAGGAAAUGGUGGGAGUGGGGAUUGGGCUGGAUCAUGUCCAAGAAGCCCACGUUCGCCCAGGAUCUGGAAAUGAAUGAAGAGGAGAAAGCCGUAUUGGGAUGCCACAGCAGGGGCAGCUUGAGGCAUGUGUUUUACAAAGUAAGGUCGGAGCUACGGAGGUUCAUCCGCUCCGACAACAACGUCGGUCUACCUCAAACCUUCCGCUAUGACUCCUUCAACUACUCCAAGAACUUCGAUGACGGCAAGGCAAUGAGAAACUGAUCAUAUAUAUAUAUAUGCAUGCGUCAAAUUACCAUUUCUUUUUCUUUUGGAAGAUCUAUAAGCUCUUUUUGUGAUGUCGGUUCAUUCAUUGAUUGAUUCCAAGUUGUUGAUAGAUUCGAGUGGUUGCCAAAUAAUAGAUCCAUCGGGGAGUUAAAAUGUACGUCUCAUUAGGCAGGCAGCCACAGUAAAUGUGCUUCGUAGUACUAUUCUAUAUAUCCUUGUUAAGUAUAAUUUGCGGUGAGUACGUAUAAAUGUAUAAAUUAGUAGAAAGUGAAUUAAUUCAUAGCGGUCCCCUGCUCCUGGAGGCAUUGCAUUCAUCUUCAUCGUAUGGUCGAAUGAGCAGCUGCACAGGCACACAAUGCUAGUUGAGUGGAAGUGAAACCAAUCCCAACCUUGAGCAUGCCGUAGUAUUAAUUUUUGUUUUUUUCCCCCUCUUCGUUGUCCUUGUAAUUCUUUUCCGAUACCAUUCUUGUGCUUUAUAUCAUAUUAUGUACUUUCUCCGUUUGAUUUAUGUAUAAAUGUAAAUUUUGUUGGCCAAA